GGACGAAGACAGGGCAGAGCCUUCUCAAAACGCCUUGCAGGUUGCAGAAAGGACCGAAACCUCCGCUAUAAAAGCUGGCCAUCGACGUACCCGUCCCUCACUCAGCUCAUUCAGCCCAUCCAGCUCACUCAGCUUUCCACCUUUAGCCUCAUUCUUCUUCGACUUCCAUCCAACGAUGUUCGCCCCCAUCCUCACUCUCCUCGCCGGUGUCGCCCUCGCCAACGCCUACGCACUCAAGUCCGCCUCGACCUCGCCCUACGGCCAGUCGUCGGGCAACUGGGAGCUACAGAAGACCGCCUACGGCGCCCUCCUCGUCGGCGGAAAGGACGUGCCGCUCACGACCUCCGUCACCAUCGAGGGCGGGCAGCUCAAGCUGGUGUGCCCGCAGCAGGCGACGGCCGCGCUCGUCCCCACUGGGUCGGACGAUCCCAAGUAUACGGUGCAAUUCGUUAGCAAGACGGAUGACCUGCCGAAGGGGAGCAUCUUCACGGGGUGGACGACGCAGGAUGAUGGUGUCUCGUUGCCGGAUGACUUGACUAAGGUCGUCAACACGGAGGUCGGACUGGACGGCACUUACAACCUUGCGACGGUCGACGGUGCCAAUGCGCUGACGUGGGCCAACAAGGGUCCUUCCAACGGCGUCCAGUGGUUCCUGGCUAUUGACGAGGCCAACGACGUCCACUGCUAAAGGUAUGUAGCCGCCCUUUUCA